UGGGCUACCACCUAAGAUUAGAGAGCAUACACCUUCAAAUACUCGAUCUUUACCCCCUUCCUCAUCACCAUAACUAAAUUCGCUCCGAUUAAACAGCUUUUGUUGAAUCUUGUUCCCUCGUGAAAUAGAAAACAGCCCUCCAAGACACCCGCCAUCCCACGCGCCAACAAUGGCAGGCCCACCGACACUCCCGAUGUCCAACUCCCAAACGACCGUCGGCGCCCAGUCGCAGCCUCCCAUCGCCACGCCGGCCUUCCGCGCGUUCAUCUCGCGCUUAUCCUCCUCCGUGCGCCACGGCUUCUCGCAGCGCCGCCCCUGGUACGAGCUCGUGGACCGGAGCGCCUUGGCCCGACCCGACUCCCUCACCGAGGCCUACUCCCGGAUCCGCAAGAAUUUCACCUACUUCCGCGUCAACUACGUGUCCCUACUCACCCUCGUACUCGCCCUCUCUCUCCUCACCCAUCCUUUCUCUCUCGUCGUCCUGCUCUCCCUCCUCGGCGCGUGGGCUUUCCUCUACCUGUUUCGAGCGUCCGAUCAGCCCCUGGUCAUCCUCGGCCGUACUUUCUCCGACGCCGAAACAUUAAUCGGACUCGUCGUGCUGACCGUGGUCGUCGUCUUCAUGUCCAGCGUCGGCUCGCUCCUGAUCUCAGCUUUGUUGAUCGGAUUCGCCAUUGUUUGCGCGCACGGGGCGUUCAGGGUUCCAGAGGACCUGUUCCUCGACGAGCAGGAGCCCGCCAACGCCGGAUUUCUCUCGUUCCUCGGCGGCGCCACCUCGUCCGCCGCUGCCUCCGUAGCCGGACGUGUCUAAUUGGAUCUCGUGUCAAGCACUCGUCGGAUUGAUCGCUGUAAAGGUUGGUGAGGCCAAACCCUUUGUGUACUGAUCUGUGCAAUUGAUAUUCUUGUAGGGUUAAAGAAACUUCAUUUGAUUGCGGAAUUUUGGAGCGGAAAUUGUAGGGUUUUAUGUAGAUUUGAUCUGAAAUUUGUAUUUCUGUUUUAUUUAUUUAGUCAAAUUUUGAUGAUGAUGAAUUUAGUUAUUAAUUCAUUUCAUUAUUCUGAUUA